AAAACGCACAGACAGCGCCUGCCUCGCCGAGCUUCCGCUUCCGGUCCUUCAGGCUCCGUCUCUGCGGAGACUUGGCUUUGGGAGGGAGAAAGAGGCGGGACCUCGCGCGAGCCGCGCAGGCGCACGGCGGGCAGCUGCAAUGGCGGCGCCGUGUACCCUUAACAGGUAUCUGCUGCUCAUGGCGCAGGAGCACCUGGAGUUCCGUCUGCCGGAAAUAAAGUCUUUGCUUUCACUUUUUGGAGGUCAGUUCGCCAGCACUCAAGAAACUUAUGGAAAGUCACCAUUUUGGAUUCUUAGCAUUCCCUCCGAAGAUAUUGCAAGAAAUUUAAUGAAACGGACAGUGUGUGCCAAGUCUAUAUUUGAACUAUGGGGUCAUGGACAAUCUCCUGAGGAGCUGUACAGUUCUCUUAAAACUUAUCCUGUGGAGAAGAUGGUUCCAUUUCUACAUUCAGACUCUACAUAUAAAAUAAAGAUUCAUACUUUCAAUAAGACAUUGACACAAGAAGAGAAAAUCAAGCGAAUAGACGCACUUGAAUUUCUGCCAUUUGAAGGAAAAGUAAAUUUAAAGAAACCACAACAUGUAUUCUCUGUUUUGGAGGAUUAUGGUUUGGACCCAAACUGCAUCCCUGAGAAUCCACAUAAUAUUUAUUUUGGUAGAUGGAUUGCAGAUGGACAGAGAGAGCUUAUUGAGUCAUACAGUGUCAAAAAGAGACACUUUAUUGGAAAUACAAGUAUGGAUGCUGGUUUGUCAUUCAUUAUGGCUAACCAUGGAAAAGUGAAAGAAAAUGAUAUUGUCUUUGAUCCAUUUGUUGGAACAGGUGGCCUCCUGAUAGCAUCUGCUCAUUUUGGGGCAUAUGUAUACGGGACAGACAUAGACUACAACACAGUUCAUGGCUUGGGAAAGGCUACUAGGAAAAACCAGAAAUGGAGAGGACCAGAUGAAAACAUUAGGGCCAAUCUUCGUCAGUAUGGUUUAGAAAAGUAUUACCUUGAUGUCCUCGUUUCAGAUGCAUCUAAACCUUCUUGGAGAAAGGGCACAUAUUUUGAUGCAAUCAUUACUGAUCCUCCAUAUGGUAUCAGAGAAUCUACAAGAAGAACAGGUUCACAGAAGGAAAUACCAAAGGGGAUAGAAAAAUGUCCAGAAAGCCAUGUUCCUGUUUCCUUAAAUUAUCACCUGAGUGAUAUGUUUCUUGACCUAUUAAACUUCGCAGCUGAGACCCUCGUGUUAGGUGGAAGACUCGUCUAUUGGUUGCCGGUGUAUACGCCAGAAUACACUGAAGAGAUGGUGCCUUGGCACCCUUGCCUGAAACUCAUUAGCAACUGCGAGCAGAAGCUUUCCAGUCACACAUCAAGGCGCUUGAUCACAAUGGAAAAGGUGAAGAAAUUUGAGAAUCAAGACCAGUAUUCACAUCUGCUAAGUGAUCAUUUUCUGCCAUACCAAGGUCAUAAUUCCUUCCGUGAGAAAUAUUUUAGUGGGGUAACAAAAAGAAUUGCCAAGGAAGAAAAAUCCAGCCAGGAAUGAAAAUUAAGAUUUUGACAAUGAAGAAAGAAUAAGAAUUUGAUAGAAAAGACAUCUGGAUGUGAACUUUCAUGUAUGAUCCUGAAAAUAUGUACUGCUUCAAAAUACUUUACAUAAGAAAGCGACAGAGUAAAUUGAGCAAUGCUUUCAAAGUUAUCUUUGUUUUGUAGACUUUUUUGUUGUCUGAUUUACAGUCUUUUUAAUCUUAUUUAAUGUAUAUUUGUACUUGUAUUGACUGGAGACGGACUCAAAACAAUUAUUUUUUUUACCAUUAAUCGACAAGGGAAUUAAUACUGUUGACUUUUAAAACAUCUGCUGGAUAUAUUAUAAGCAGUUAAUAGUAGUUAAGAAUUUAUUCAUUUGGUAUAUGUGUUUAUUUGUUUUUUGAUUGUCAUCGAUUUACAUUGCCACUAAUAAACCAUAUUGAGAAUUUCUAAAA